AUGGAACAAGUUAAAGAAGAAGUAAAAGAUAUUGAAAUUUCAGAAAACAUUGAAAAUACAAAUAAAAGAUCAUUAGAAACAAAUGAUGAUAAUGUUGAAUCUGUUAAUAAAAAAUUAAAAACUGAUGAUGAAACUGAAACUAAAACUCAAACCAUUAUUAGCGAAUCAUCAUCAUCAUCAGAACAACCAAAACAACAACAACAACAACAACAACAAGAUGAAGAUGAAGAUGAAGCUGAUGAAGAUGAAUUAGAUAAAUUUGAAAAAGAAUCUGAAUCAACAUCAACAACUACUACAACUACAGAAAAUAAAAGAAAACCAAAUCAACCACCACCAGUUAGACCACCAAAAUUAUCAAAAGAAGAAUUAAUUGAAUUACAAAAUAAAACUAAAAUUACAACUGAUGAAUCAAGAAAGAAAAAAGUUGCAAUCAUUUUAGGUUAUUCUGGUACAAACUAUGCUGGUAUGCAAAAAAAUCCAGGAUUAAAAACAGUUGAAGAAGAAUUAGAACAUGCAUUAUUUAGAACUGGUGGUAUUUCACCAGAUAAUAUGUAUUAUCAACAAAAAGUAGAUUGGAUACGUUGUGCAAGAACUGAUAAAGGUGUAUCAGCAAUUAGAAAUGUUGUAUCAUUAAAGAUGGAAAUGGGUCCACCAGAUUUUGAAGGUAUGAAAAUUGCAUUGAAUAAAGAGUUACCAAAAGAUAUAACUGUAUUUCAUAUAAUGAGAGUGAAUAAUUCAUUUCAUGCAAAGAAUGCUGUAGAUGCAAGAUCAUACAUUUACGUUACACCAACACAUGUUUUUGAACCAAAAUUCUCAAAAAAGAACAAAUCAAUCGUGGAGGAGGCAGCAAAUGGAGGUGAGAAUAAUACUCAACCUCCAUGGAAAUUCACUUCUGAUACAUUAUCAAUUUUAAAUAAAGUUUUAUCAUUUUAUUUAGGUAAUCAUAGAUUUCACAAUUAUACAAGUCGUAAAGAAUCAAAUGAUGUUUCAGUAUUUAGAAAAAUUCAUUCAUUCGUUUGUUCAGAACCAUUUGUUUUAGAAGGUGUUGAAAUGGUAUCAAUUAAUGUUGUAGGUGAAAGUUUUAUGCUUCAUCAAAUUAGAAAGAUGAUUGGUUGUUUAAUUUCCUUCAUUAGAAAGGGUAUGUUUGAAGAUUGUGAAACUCGUGAUCAAGCUUUUGAUCAAAUUAAAGCUUAUAUCAAUUCAACUUUUGAACAUACACCUUUAAAUUUACCAAUGGCACCUGGUGCUGGUCUCUUAUUAGAUUAUUGUAUUUUUAAUGAAUGGAAUAAAAAUAAUUCAAGUAUUCAUGGUGAAUUAAAAAUUGAAAGUGAUCAAGUUGAAGAAUUUAAAAAAACUAUUUAUAGAGAAAUUGCAUUACUUGAAUCAACAAAAAAAGAAUUUAAAAAUUGGAUUGAAAAGAAUUUAGAUCCAUAUCCAUUACCAUAUAAUUUAAUGGAUGAAAUUAUUAAAAAUCCACCACAACCACCACCAAAGAAAAUUAGACCACCAUCAACAAAUCCAAGUCGUAUGAGUAAAAGAGAAAGAAGAGAAUUAAAAAUUCAAUCUAAAAAAUUUGAACGUGACCCACAAAAUCAAAAUGUUCGUCAAGAAUUAACUGUAAAUCAACAAUUAGCACAACAAAAGAAAAUUAAUGAUGAUGCUGCCAUUGCUGCCUCUGCUUCAACAACUACUACUACAGCUACUGCUACUACUACUAAUACUACCACCACCCCCACAACAACAACAACAACAAGUGAGGAUGUUAAAAUUGAAUCAAAUACAGAAAAAUAA